CAAAACUUCCCUUCCGAACCACAACUCUGCAACUUACGAACAUUCAGAUUCUGAUUAUUUGUUGUUCCAUUCUUACUAUCUCAUUGUUGCAAAGUAUUAAUAGUGAUGGCUUCAAGGGUGGUGAUGGUGAUGGUGAUGGUGGCUGUCGUGUUGGUUUGUGGCAUUGAAUGCACGACCAAAGAGGAAGGGGUUGACUAUCAGAAGGCCAAAGCCAAGACGACGGAGACGGAAAACAAGGCGGCGGAGACGGCCAAGGAAGGGAAAGAAGCCACCGAGUCAUGGACUGGUUGGGCCAAAGAUAAAAUAACCGAAACUCUUGGCUUCAAGCACCCCGACGAAUAUGCCGGUGAAACUGCUCAGAGAACAAAAGAAUACGCCGGUGAUGCGGCGCAGAAGACCAAGGACUAUACUGACAGCGCCGCUGAGAAGGCGAAAGAGUAUGGUGAUGAUGCGGCACACAAGACCAAGGAUUAUGCAGGUAGUGCUGCUGAGAAAGCAAAAGAUUAUGGCGGUGAUGCUGCCGGAAAGACCAAGGAAUAUGCCGGUAACACCGCGCAGAAGACCAAGGAAUACGGCGGUGACGCUGCUCAGAAGUCUAAGGAAUAUGCCAGUGACGCUGCUCAGAAAACCAAAGAAAAGGUCCAGGACUAUGCCUCUGGGGCUGGCGAAUACAGUGCAGAGAAGGCGAGAGAAAUGAAGGACAUGGCGGCAGAGAAAGCAAGUGACUUGGCAAAUGCGGCGAAGGAGAAAGCACAAUAUAUCAAGAACGUGGCAACCAGCACCGCUGGCUCCGGCAAGGACAAGGCCUCAGAAUCCAUUGACGACGCCAAGGAUAGAGCCGCGGAGAGAGUUGAAGAAGCCAAUCAGAAGGCAAAGAAGGAAGCUGAAGAGAGCGAGAGAGAAACCAAUGAGCAAAUGGAGUGGGUUAAAGAGAAGGCUAAGGAAGGUUAUGAUGCCGCCAAAGAUAAACUUGGUGCUGGUCAACGCAGAGAUUCUGAACUUUAAGUCUCCAUCAACAUACCACGUAUAGAAACUGUGUACUGUUUAUUACAUUAGUGCCAUGGUAAUGUCAUUUUCCUUUUUCAUCUUGUGUAUAUAUGGGGAUGUUUUGUUCUCGUCUUGUGUCUUAAUGUGUGUGGUUAGUCUACGGUGUUUUAGGGUUUGACUUAGUUGGCAACUACACAUAUCGGAUGAAAUUGAAAUAUUCUGUUUGUUUUCCGCGAAGUUAAAAAAUAACAUUGUUGCAAAGGUAGCAUUUCUUUGAAUGAA